AUGGAAUUGAUGACUUCUGGUGAAAAAGGUAUCUCCGGUUUCCCAUUGGAUGAUAAUAUACUCAAAUGGACUGCGACUAUUCAUGGUCCUGAUACGAGCGUAUACGAAGGUCAGGUCUACAAGUUGUUAUUAGAGUUUCCCCCAGAAUACCCUUUCAAACCUCCCAUUGUUCGCUUCGAGUCUCGAUGCUACCAUCCAAAUGUUGAUCACCAGGGUAAUAUUUGUUUGGAUAUCCUCAAAACCGAAUGGUCGGCUCUCUAUACUGUCAAAACAAUUCUUUUAUCCAUAAGAAGUCUACUAAAUGAACCUAAUAACAAAAGUCCGUUGAACGGAGAGGCUGCGAAGUUAUGGGCAGAUGAGAAGAAGUUUAAGGAAGCUAUGCUGAGCUUUCAGAAAUGUUAA